AUGAUACCCUCCAAGAUGAUGAGUUCUAAUCCCGAGGAAGACCCUUUGGACACAUUUCUCCAAUAUAUUGAGGAUAUGGGGAUGAAGGCCUACGAUGGCUUGGUUAUUCAGAAUGCAUCAGACAUUGCUCGAGAGAAUGACCGCUUGAGGAAUGAAACCAACCUGGCCUACUUGAAGGAGAAGAGUGAAAAACGCCGAAGACAAGAAGAAGCAAUAAAACGCAUAGGUGGCGAAGUGGGGCGGGGCCACGAAGGAAGUUACGCGGGCAAACAUUUCCGCAUGGGAUUCAUGACGAUGCCUGCUCCUCAGGACAGACUUCCCCAUCCUUGCUCCAGCGGCUUUUCCGUGAGGUCCCAGUCCCUGCACUCGGUCGGGGGCACAGACGACGACAGCAGCUGUGGCUCCCGCCGGCAGCCGCCGCCCAAGCCCAAGCGGGACCCCAGCACCAAGCUGAGCACAUCGUCGGAGACGGUCAACAGCGCGGCGCCGAGCAAGAGCGGGAAGGCCCCCGAGCGGCCCGAAGUGUCAGCCAAACCCAGACCCCACAGUGAUGAAUAUUCAAAGAAGAUCCCUCCUCCCAAACCCAAACGGAACCCGAACACUCAGCUGAGCACAUCUUUCGAUGAAACGUACAUCAAGAAGCACGGGCCGCGGAGGACGUCGCUCCCACGGGACCCCUCUCUGUCCCUGGUCAGCAGCCCGGCGGGGGAUCCAGAGGAGGAGGAGCCCGUGUACAUCGAGAUGGUGGGCAACAUUCUCAGAGACUUCAGGAAGGAGGAUGAUGACCAGAGCGAGGCCGUCUACGAGGAGAUGAAAUACCCCAUCUUUGACGACUUGGGCCAAGAUUCGAAAUGUGACCUUGACCAUCACAGUUGCUCUCCGCAGUGUGCUACUCCCACGGUGCCUGACUCGGACUUCACCAAGUCCUCAGUGCCAUGUACUCCAAAGGGUGUGCUUUGUGACAUCCCCCCGCCCUUCCCCAACCUGCUUUCUCACCGACCCCCGCUGCUGGUGUUCCCCCCCGCGCCCGUGCAAUGCUCCCCCAAUUCCGACGAGUCUCCGCUCACCCCACUGGAAGUCACCAAGCUGCCCGUGUUGGAAAACGUGUCUUACAUGAAGCAGCAGGCCGGCGCGUCUCCGUCCUCACUGCCCUCUCAUGCCUCCGGCCACCCCAAGCUGGACAAAGAGCAGGUCGCAGCCCUGGGCCCCAGCCCCGCCGCCUCCGCCCCCGCACUGUCCUCGUCCCCGCCCCCGCCCCCGCCGUCCACCCUGUACCGCACGCAGUCCCCCCACGGCUACCCGAAGAGCCACUCGGCCUCCCCUUCGCCCGUCAGCAUGGGGAGGUCCCUGACCCCGCUCAGCCUCAAGCGGCCCCCGCCCUACGACGCCGUGCAUUCAGGCAGCCUCUCCAGGAGCUCUCCAUCAGUGCCUCCUCAUUCGACCGGCAGGCCGGUGUCGCAGGAUGGGGCCAAGAUGGCCAACGCCUCGGUGAACACCUACGGCCCGGCUCCCGGUGCCUCCCGGUCCAGGACCCCCACGAGUCCCUUGGAAGAACUAACCAGCCUCUUUACCUCUGGACGAAGCCUGCUGAGGAAGUCGUCCAGCGGCCGCCGUUCUAAAGACUCCGCAGAGAAAUCGACAGAGGAACUGAAAAUCCGAAGCCACAGCACAGAGCCAUUACCAAAGUUGGACAGCAAAGAGAGAGGGCAUCAUGGGGCGUCUUCCAGAGAGCCUAUCAAAGCUCAGGAAUGGGAUGGAACACCAGGACCGCCUGUGGUCACCAGUAGACUGGGAAGAUGCUCUGUGAGCCCCACCUUGUUAGCAGGAAACCACAGCUCAGAACCGAAAGUAAGCUGCAAAUUAGGCCGGUCUGCCUCCACAUCAGGUGUGCCCCCUCCAUCAGUUACUCCUCUCAGGCCAGCCGGUGACCUGCAACAGAGCCAGGUACCAUCAUCGUUAGCCAAUCGUGAUUGA